AUGGAGGAGAUCAUCGCAGGGCUGGAACGGUUCACAUUUGCCUUUGAGCAGGAUGUGGAGCUGCAGAAGGGCACUGGGCUCCUGCCUUUCCAGGGCAUGAACAAGUCCGGCUCAGCUGUGUGCAAUUUCUUCCCUAAAGGGCUCUGUGAGAAGGGGAUACUGUGCCCCCUUCGGCACGAGAAGGGGGAGAAGAUGGUGGUGUGCAAACACUGGCUUCGGGGGCUCUGCCGAAAGGGAGACUGUUGCAACUUCCUGCACCAGUAUGACCUCAGCAGGAUGCCUGUGUGCUACUUCCACUCAAACUUCGGUAACUGUAGCAACAAGGAAUGCAACUUCCUCCACACGAAGCCAGUUCCCAAGCUCCAGAACUGCCCCUGGUAUGACCAAGGGUUCUGCAAGGAAGGUCCCCUGUGCAAAUACCGCCAUGUUCAUCAAGUAAUGUGUCCCAACUACUUCAUCGGCUUCUGCCCCAAGGGACCUAAGUGCCAGUUUGGACAUCCCAAGAUGAGUCCUGGGAGCCACGCCAGUAAUGUGAAGGUAAGUCCUGUCAACCAGCCAUGGGAUUCAACAACCCCAGCUUCUACUGGCCACACCCUAGCGCACCCUCGCCAGGCAAAGCCCACGGUCCACCUUCAGAAGAGGUGGAGCCUGCCUCCGGCUUGCAGCUUGAGGGCCCAAGCCGCACCAUAGCCUACCGUGGAGAAACUUCUCCACAUGCCUGGAGCCAGCGAGAGACCCCAACAGUCAAUAACAG